AUGUUCAGAAACAACUACGAUAACGAUUCUGUAACAUACUCACCUACUGGUCGUUUAUUCCAGGUUGAGUAUGCAUUGGAAGCAAUUAAGCAAGGAAGUGCAGCUGUUGGCUUAACAUCUAAAGACUAUGUUGUCCUUGUGGCUUUGAAAAGAAAUGCCGAGGAAUUGGGUUCGUACCAAAAGAAAAUUAUCAAAAUAGACGACCAUAUGGGGGUUGCAUUGGCUGGUUUGGCUCCCGAUGCUCGAGUGUUGUCCAAUUUCUUGAGGAAGCAAGCAAUGCAGUGUAAAAUGAUUUUCAAUCGCCCGAUUCAAACACAGAAGGCAGCAUUGACAAUUGCCGAUAAAGCUCAAGAAAAUACUCAAAGCUACGGCUCUAGACCAUAUGGGGUGGGAUUGUUAAUUGCUGGAUACGACGAGACUGGUGCACAUUUAUUAGAAUUUCAACCAUCAGGUUCCGUCCUCGAAUAUUUCGGGGCUGCCAUUGGUGCUAGAUCGCAAGCUGCUCGUACAUAUUUGGAAAGAAACUUGGAUGAUAUAAGGGAAUCUGACUCUAUCGAGAAGCUAAUUGUACAUGGGUUAUAUGCCUUGAGAGACACUUUAAGUCAAGAUGUAGAAUUAACGUUUAAAAACACGAGUGUCGCCGUGGUUGGUAAAGAACAGCCUUACACUUCAUAUGAUGAUGAGGAUGUUCAGCAAUGGCUAGACAAGCUAGAUUCAGUAACAAACGAUAGAAAUAAAACUGAGGGUGAUGAUGAGAGCAGAAACGAAGAAGAAGAAGGUGAAAAUGCUGCAGAUGAAGCUACUCAAGGUGGAGAAGAAUCUACACAGGGUGACAGAAUGGAUACAGAUGAGUAA